ACCAAGUGUGGUACACGCGGUGUAUUUCGAAGAAUUACGAACGACUCGUCGGAGAUUGAUCCGGUUAGCGGUGUCGCGGGUUGUCGAACGGAUCGAGACAGACCUAAAGGUUGUGAGGAUACACGGAUACGAAAAAAUCUCUGGAAAAUCUGUUGCUUUGAAAAACCCAUUGAGGAAGGUUACGCAACACCAUUGGUACAGUUAAUUUACAAGAUCACACUUAAGGACUGUGUUGCCUUUAGGAAAUUCUUGGAAAAUAAGAAAAAUGACAAAGACAUGGACUAUUGUGAUUUUCACUGAUGAAGAUUGUGUUGAAGUAGUUCCAUCAAGUUGGAUACUAAACGACAAAUGUUAUUGGCCGACGCUUACACCUGACAAGUUGAAAGCUGCAGUAAAAAAUCACGAUGCACUUGAUACUUCUUGGCCUUCAUAUCCUAUUCGGCUUAUACGAAAUGGAACUUUUUAUGAUUAUUCAACAGCAGAAAAAAAGUGUAAACGGGCGGAAUAUUCGUCCGAUGUAAAUUCUGACAGAUCUAAACAGAAUGAAACAGAAUCUGACAGAAAUAAAAGGAAAAUAAUAAAAAAAACGUUUGGCUCUUCAUUUGAUGAGGAUAAUCUAUCAUCAUCAGACGAUAAUAAUAAAUUGCCGACUAAAUUGCCGACUCCUCCACAUUUAACGAAUGACACCAGUACUUUUAUAAGUAAAAGAAAGCCGAAACAAAAGAGUCAAGCUACUAAUAACGAUAGAAUUCGAAAUGAGAAAUUUGAAAGGAAUUUAUCGAUUGAAAAUUAUUUUAAAGAAAUCAUCCACCAACAAAAUCUUUUCAAAGCCAGCAUGUGGCAAUAUACAGAUUCACUUCACGAAUUAACCACAUCGGUUAAUCGUAUUGUUACGAAUAAGGUGACUCAAGAAGUAGAGGAAGCAACAACUUCAUUCUUCACAAUGUUUAAUUUUCCGUUAAAAGACGAGGAAGACCUAAUCCGCGUCGAUAAACACCUAAACGACGAGAAAAAUUUUAACGUUGCGAUGAAUGAACUUGCAAAAAUUGGUGAAAGGUCUGUACAAAAUUUUACUUAA